UUUUACUAAAAAAAUCGCCUUUAAAAGUCUGUUUAGUAAGAUUUCAUAAAAAGAUGGCAUCAUCAGCCAAGAAAAUUAAAGAAGGGUUAAUUCAUAUUUCAUGGGAUGUCCCACCUACCAAUACCAACCAACAGAUAGGAUUCGCCGGAUUCGAUUUUGGCAAACCAAUGGGUCAAACUUCUAGAAAUCCUACUCAAAUACAGGUAGACGUUUCAAAACUGACAGAUGUCGUCGAUUCUUUUAUACUCACUUGCAAAAUGGAUGGAAUACAAAUAAUCCUUGAAAUAGAACCCCUUAAAACAAAAAUUGAAGGAAACCAGACAAAACAAUUUGAAUGUGAAACCAUACUAAUCCAUGCGAGCAAAGAUCACUUGCAACAAAAGAUGAUUUUGAACAAAUCGAAAUGGACAGCGACGUGGAACGUAAUACAAAGUUCCGGAUUUCAACAGGUCACCACGCAAAAUCGUUGCAAUUCCUGCGGAAGAGAAAGCCCACUUUGUUUUGAUAUUCAUAUCGAUUUAACCCCGGAUUCUUUGGUUUCUAAAAAAAAGGGAUCACAUCAUGUCCUUGAUCACUUGUUAAAUCUGUGGAAUACCAAAACUUUGUCUGAUGUCACUUUUAAAUGCAAGAAUAAUAACAUCAAAGCUCACACCCUAAUCCUCGCUUCCGGAAGUCCCGUAUUGGCAGCAAUGUUUCAGCACAAUUUUAGAGAAAACCAAGAAAAAGUGGUUGAAAUCAAAGAUAUUAACCCCGAGGUUUUCGAAGAGCUUCUUUGUUACAUUUACACUGGAAAUUUCAACAGCGGAAGAAACGUGGAUGUUGCUGAAUUGCUAGUUGCAGCAGACAAAUAUGCCGUCGAGACAUUGAUAGAAGAGUGCGCUCUUAUUUUAUCCCGGAAGUUGACGGUAGAAAAUGCAGCACAGUACCUGGUGUUGGCCCAUCUCCAUAAUUCACCUGAACUUCGCGAAGCCUCAUUAGAUUUCAUCUCAAAUAACGCAAAAGCUAUUUGUUCACGCAAGGAUUGGAUGGAAAUUAUCAAGAACUAUCCAGAACUUUGCUUCCAAGCUACGCAGCUUAUUCUUGGUCUAUAACAUCUUUCACAUUAAUAACUAACGGGAUCAACUGAACACAUCCGAAUUUUUUUUUAAAUAUUUUGGUAAAUUAGAUGGAGCAUGUAGCAGCAAAGUAGAACGUGCAACUACUAAUACUGCAACACCAAUUGCUAUUUUACUGUUUCAGUGGUGAUUACAAUGCCAUUCAAAUAUUAUUUCUUUAAUUUUUUUUAAAAUUCAUUUUGAAGCUAUGAUUUUCAUGCCAUAAUAAAAUUGUCUGCCGUAGCUAUAAAAUAGCACACCAUUUAUGUUGUUAAAAAGAUGACAAAACGCAAAAGGCUUGCGUGUUGAGGUCUUGCUGUAGAUGAUAGCGGAUGAUAGUGUAGCAAUAAU